AGGGCCACGCAUACCAACACCCAUACCUAGCAUUGUCAACCUUCUAUUACAUCCUCCGGGAUCAUAGCCUCACUCAGCGUUGUCUUGGUGACCAGCAUUCCUCGGCUCGCCGCCGACGGUUUCUGUCAACAUGGACGGCCCAAAUACCCCAGGGUCAAGGCCUCCGGACUACGCACUGCCAUCGUACGACGAUGUCGACGAUCCGAUGCCGACUAGCGCAGGUGGUAACGCUGCCGCGGUCCGAUUGCUGACGUCUUUGGAAGAACCUUUCUCAGAGGGCAGACAGUAUGUUGUCCCACCGCAAGUCCUCAUUCCGCCCCCUCUCUCAGUGAAGCAGAGCGAGCCGUUGCAUAAGUUGCACCCUCCUUAUCACUUGGCCCCCCUCGAGCAGCAGGAAGAGAGUGAUCCCGGUGCAACGGGGAAGGGUGUCUCUUUCGUGUCUCCUUGGAAUGUUAGGAGUCCACGAAAAAAGCCAGUGCCCAAAUAUUCAAGCACAGACACGCAGCCGGAGAUGGACACGUUCUCCUCCUCUGUCAAGCUCCAGAAAAGGGUCAAGCCGGAACGAGUCGUGCAGGCGCAGAUUGCACAGUGCUUGCCGGCUAUCCCAGAGGGACCGUCGCCAAGACGAGCGUCCCUCAAGAAGUGUCCUAGCGACCCAGUGCGCCCGAGUAGAGCACACAUUCCUUUUGCAAGCUUCUCUAACCCAUCUUUCCACCUUAACAGUAGCCACACGACCAGAAGAUCAUACCAACCUUCCAUCAUCUCCCGCCGGUCUUCUAUUCUCGACCCCCCCACCAUGGCACCACCAGAUUCAUCCUACGUACCAUAUCAGCCAAGUGUGGAGAGUAGCUCUCCCACCAGGGCGUGGUCACCAUCUCGCAUGUCGUCCACGUCAGAUUAUAGCCGUCCCCGGGCGUCGACGGUCCAUUACGAGCCACCCGAUCUCAACGGGAGCCCCAGACCUGGGACACCCUCCUCCAGGUACGGUGGCAGCCCCCGCCGGCCACUGCCGCCGGCGCCGCUGUUCUCGGGCUCGGCCCGCAACUCGACGUUUGCGGACGACGCGACGGUCAGCAUCCCGCUGGAGGAGGAGGGCGACGACGUGUUCGGUCCGGAAUCAGACCUGGGCGACCACCGGGUGCAGCGGGGCUCGUACGGGUCGCAGGUGACGCUGAGCGAGGAGCAAACCGACAUGGACAUGAUGGGUGACGACAAGGUGGAGCACUACGGUCCUGCGCCGGAGGGCAAGCAGGAGCGGCGCGGUGUGCGGGCGCCGCAGAUGAGCAAGAAGGAGGUGGUGCUGAUCAACGGCGAGCUCGUUCUCGAGUGCAAGAUCCCGACGAUCCUGUACAGCUUCCUGCCGCGACGGGACGAGGUCGAGUUCACGCACAUGCGCUACACAGCGGUGACAUGCGACCCGGACGACUUUGUGGACCGGGGCUACAAGCUGCGGCAGAACAUGGGCCGCACGGCGCGCGAGACGGAGCUGUUCAUCUGCAUCACCAUGUACAACGAGGACGAGUACGGCUUCACGCGCACCAUGCACGCCGUCAUGAAGAACAUCAGCCACUUCUGCGCGCGCAACAAGAGCCGCACGUGGGGCGAGCUGGGCUGGCAGAAGAUCGUCGUGUGCGUCGUGUCGGACGGCCGAGACAAGAUCCACCCGCGCACGCUCGACGCCCUCGCCGCCAUGGGCGUCUACCAGCACGGCAUCGCCAAGAACUACGUCAACCAGAAGGCGGUGCAGGCGCACGUGUACGAGUACACGACGCAGGUGUCGCUCGACUCGGACCUCAAGUUCAAGGGCGCCGAGAAGGGCAUCGUGCCGUGCCAGAUGAUAUUCUGUCUCAAGGAGCGCAACCAGCGCAAGCUCAACUCACAUCGCUGGUUCUUCAACGCCUUCGGCAAGGCCCUCAACCCCAACGUGUGCAUCCUGCUCGACGUCGGCACCCGGCCCGGCGGCAAGUCGCUGUACCACCUGUGGAAGGCCUUCGAUACAGAUUCUAACGUGGCGGGCGCGUGCGGCGAGAUCAAGGCCAUGAAGGGCCGCUGGUGCCGCAACCUGCUCAACCCGCUCGUCGCGUCGCAGAACUUUGAGUACAAGAUGUCCAACAUCCUCGACAAGCCGCUCGAGAGCGUCUUCGGCUACAUCACCGUGCUCCCCGGCGCCCUCAGCGCGUACCGCUACCACGCGCUGCAGAACGACGAGACGGGCCACGGCCCGCUAAGCCAGUACUUCAAGGGGGAGACGCUGCACGGCCAGCACGCCGACGUGUUCACCGCAAACAUGUACCUCGCCGAGGACCGCAUCUUGUGCUGGGAGUUGGUGGCGAAGCGGGGGGAUAGAUGGGUGCUGAAGUACGUCAAGGGAUGUACCGGCGAGACGGACGUGCCUGACACCGUCCCCGAGUUCAUCUCUCAGCGGCGGCGCUGGCUCAACGGCGCCUUCUUCGCGGCCGUGUACUCGCUCGUGCACUUCAAGCAGAUCUGGCAGACGGACCACACGAUCGCGCGCAAGAUACUCCUGCACAUCGAGUUCCUGUACCAGCUGCUGCAGCUGCUCUUCACCUACUUCUCGCUGGCCAACUUCUACCUGACCUUCUACUUCGUCGCGGGCGGGCUCGCCGACGAGCACGUCGACCCGUUCGGGCACCACAUCGGGCUGUACAUCUUCACCAUCCUGCGGUACACAUGCGUGCUGCUCAUCGCGACGCAGUUCGUCCUCUCGCUGGGCAACCGGCCGCAGGGGGCCAAGAAGCUGUACCUGGCCAGCAUGAUCAUCUACGGCGUCAUCAUGGUCUACACCGUGUUCUCGUGCAUCUACAUCAUCGCGCGGCAGCUGACGCGCGCCAAGGACGACCCGGACGACCCCGAGGUCAUCGCCAUGGGCAACAACGUCUUCACCAACCUGAUCGUGUCGACGGCGUCGACCGUGGGCCUCUACUUCCUCAUGUCGUUCCUGUACCUCGAGCCGUGGCACAUGAUCACCUCGGCGGCGCAGUACUUCUUCCUGCUGCCGUCGUACAUCUGCACGCUGCAGGUGUACGCCUUCUGCAACACGCACGACGUGACGUGGGGCACCAAGGGCGACAACGUGAUCCGCACCGACCUGGGCGGCGCCGUGGGCAAGGCCGGGUCCGGGUCGGGCACGGUGGAGCUGGAGAUGCCGAGCGAGCAGCUCGACAUCGACUCCGGGUACGACGAGGCGCUGCGAAACCUCCGCGACCGCGUCGAGGUCGCCGACCCGGCCGUCAGCGAGGCCCAGAUGCAGGAGGACUACUACAAGAGCGUGCGCACCUACAUGGUCGUCGUGUGGAUGGUCGCCAACGGCAUCCUCGCCAUGGCCGUGUCCGAGGCCUACGGCGCCACGGGCAUCGGUGACAACUUCUACCUGCGCUUCAUCCUCUGGAGCGUCGCCGGCCUGGCGCUGUUCAGGGCUAUCGGGAGUACCGCCUUUGCCGUCAUCAAUGUGGUUAACAUGGUCGUCGAGGGCCGAGUGCGCAUGAGCCUCAAGGUGCCGGGGUGGAUGGGCGGUAUGGGGUCGAGAGUCAGCGAGACGCUUAGCAGCAUUGGGAGUAGCGUUAGGACUUGAGGUGUCCGUUCAUGGUGGACGGUGAUUUGUGGCUAUUGCUGUGUGUUUUGCUUUUCCCCCUCCGUUGGUGAGGAUUCAUUUACCGAGAGGAGAGCUGCGAUACGGUAUCUCAAAGGGAUUCAUUCGGCUGCGAAGGUAGACGACGGAUAUGACUUGCAAGGCAGAGGGGAAAUUGUUCUGGGCGAUAUGGUGUUUGUGUGGAAUUCAUGUACGUCUAAUGUGUCGGUCGUUCAAGGCGAUGGAACUUUGUUCGGUGUGCUUCGCGUACCAUUUGGGUAUCGAGUCGAGGGUAGUUCCGAAAUGAUAAAGACGAUAUCCCCAUGCAUUCUAGGCCAGGAAACAUUUUCUUACACC